AUGUCCUGCUUUGGAUUUUACCUGCAGACACUACGGGAGCACAAGACGUCUGUACGACGAGUGGUGAAGAUCGCUACCCGCAGUCUGACAGAGCUGCAAGCUCCACAUCCCAUCAUCUAUGCCAUGCAUAUCCGUUCCGCACAAGAGUCAACGCCCUUGGUGACACAAGUGCACAAGUUAUGUAUCUAUCCGCUGUUUGAGGAACCUCCCGAAGCGUCAGAGGCUAUGAACUGGCUGCGCUUCGUGCCGCGAGCAUAA